CACAGUACACUGAACACUGAGGUCAGUUGAGGUUCAUGUCACUAUUUGCACAGAAACAAUGUUUAAACAAGUUUAAUAACUUUUCUUUAAUAAUUGUAUUUUUGUUAGGUUAGUAAGUGAUAAGAUGACGAAAGUAUCAGAUACUAUUUACGUGCUUCUUAUCAGUUGCCUUAUCACAGAAACUGUAUGUAAUACUACCCGAAAUGUGCUCAUAUUAUUGGCUGACGACGGCGGGUUCGAGCUGGGAGUGUAUGGCAAUAAGAUUUGCCAGACACCGAACAUCGACGCGCUCGCUCGUCGCAGUGUGAUUUUCAACAACGCUUUCACUUCUGUCAGCAGUUGUUCACCCAGUCGCGCCGCGCUGCUAACGGGCAGGCCAAGCCACCAGAAUGGCAUGUAUGGUCUGCAUCACGGCGUCCAUCACUUCAACUCCUUCGACAAUAUCACCAGCUUACCAAAUAUAUUGCGGGAACAUGGAGUAUAUACAGGUAUAAUAGGAAAAAAGCACGUGGGCCCCGAUGACGUGUACAAAUUUGAUUACGAGCAGACAGAAGAGAACAACCAUAUCAACCAGGUCGGUCGUAACAUCACACAUAUCAAGCUGCUCACCAGGCAGUUCCUGCGUGACGCUAAAAAAAGCAGCAACGGCUUCUUCUUGUACGUGGGGUUCCAUGAUCCUCACCGAUGCGGUCACAACGAGCCGCAAUAUGGUGCAUUCUGCGAGCGCUUCGGAUCUGGUGAGCCAGGUAUGGGCCGCAUCCCGGACUGGCAGCCCUGGUACUAUCAGUGGGACGAGGUGCAGAUGCCCUAUCAUGUGCAGGACACAGAGGCUGCAAGGAGAGAUAUCGCGGCGCAGUACACCACCAUGUCCCGCCUGGAUCAAGGUGUCGGCUUGGUGCUGCAGGAGCUGGCGGCGGCCGGGCACGCCCAUGACACUCUGGUGCUGUACUCGUCCGACAACGGCGUGCCGUUCCCCGCGGGCCGCACCAACCUCUACGACCCCGGCGUGAGGGAGCCGCUGCUCGUGAGCUCCCCGGAGCCCCGCGCCCGCCGCAACCAGGUUUCGUACGCGAUGAUAAGUCUGUUGGACAUAUUCCCUACAGUUCUGGACUGGUUUCACAUCGGCACGGAGCAGCAGACAGCCAAUGAAAUCUGGCAGGACGGUCCUAAGAGUCUGCUCCCCAUUUUGGAGAAAGAGCCGGCGCCGGCUGCCGACGACGCGGUGUUCGGCUCCCAGACGCACCACGAGGUCACCAUGUACUACCCCAUGCGGGCCGUGCGUACGCGCCGCUACAAGCUGAUACAUAACCUCAACUUCGCCAUGCCCUUCCCCAUCGACCAGGACCUCUACGUCUCGCCGACGUUCCAGGACAUCCUGAACCGAACACGCGCUAAUCAGCCGCUACCCUGGUAUAAGACCCUCAAGCAGUACUACUACCGUCCGCAGUGGGAGCUCUACGACUUGAAACAAGACCCUGAAGAGCUGAACAAUUUGCAUGGCAAGGAGGCUGUGUCUGGUGUGGAGAAGCAGCUCCGCUCUCGCCUGGGGGCGUGGCAGCGUGCGUCACUCGACCCCUGGCGCUGCGCCCCCGCCGCCGUGCUGGAGCGGGGCGAGUGUCGCGCGCUUGACAACAUAGCGAGCUAAACAUAUAGCUACUUUCUUACCUUCCGAAGUGGGCGCUGUUAUUACAUACUAUCUCACCACGGCAUCACAAUAAAACAAUGUAUGCAGGAAUUUCGAUGUAAAUUCACUUGAACCUUCUGUGAAUUGUACUUUCCUUGAAAAUAAAAGGCGCAAUAUUUUUUUGCGGAUGACACUUCACUCAUAUUAUAUUAAACGCUCAAUGCUCUCCUGAGCACAAAGUGUGACUUGUUUGCGGAUGAAUGGACGGGAAUAAUGUCAGAAUGUACUGUGAGCGAGAUGAAUGUCUGAGUUAAAAAAAUUUUUGUUUAAUUUAUGUAAUUGGUGUAAACCGUAUUAAUUAAUCAAAUAAAUAAAUUAAAGUGAAAAGAAACCAAUUUUAAAUGUUUUAUCAGACACUGUACUGGCUCAGCGACAAUAAUCUAAUGUUACCUACCCAUAAAUCAAGAAAACUAAACAAGUAGGUACCUAAACAGAUGUGGCUCGCCUAGUUUAUUUACUAAAAGUAACCAUGUAAAACUAAGUCUAACUAUAUAACUGAGAUAUUGCACUUAUUAAAUAAACACUGCAAUAUUUCUCAUUUAGUAAUGGAACCUACCUACAAUUCAUGUUUUAGAAAAAUAUGUUAAUACGUUGAGCACUGUUAGAAUUAGACCUGAAACAAGGAUGCAGCUCUGAAUAGCUUAAAGAUUUAGGUUAUAAUGAUGAUCAUAAUAUUAAUAUACUGGAUUUAAUAAGUCUAAUAUUUACUAUUUGUAAUACCUAAGUUUAGUUUAUGUAUAUUUUAGAAAUAAAUAACAACACAUUAUUAAA